UUAAAUUAAAUAAGAAAGAAAAAUUAAAAUUCCUAAAAAUACCAUAGGGUUUAGAUUUAGAUAUUAUUGUGUUUGUCUCCAAUCAAAGCAAAUACCGGGGGGCUAAUGAUGCUACACUAUUACUCUUACGCAAGUGCUACCCCUACCCCUUCCCAAUCAAUUCAUUAAUUUUUAAACAUUCAUAUUCACACCCCUUCCCUUCAAUCCAACGCUCUCAACUCAAACCAACUACCUCUCAAAUUUGUUCCCAUCAUCCGAUGGAUCGUGCGGCUCUUUCACGAAAGGGAUUGUGUAGGCGCGUCCACACGAAAUAAAAACCCGACUGCAGUCACGGCGAUGUUUAAAUGCCAGCCUGGCUUCUUUUGUCCGUUUAAUAUUCCGGCCCCACCAAAAAAGUAAUUUUACUCUAAAUUCCCAAUUUACCCCUCUCUUCUUCUCAAAGCCUUCGUCUACCUUUUCCUUUUCCUUUUCCUCUUCGUCUCCCAGAAGGAAAAAUAUUUGCCCUAAUGGCUUUUUUGGUUUUACUCUUCUUCCUUGCCCUCACCGUACGCUUCCCCUCGACGGUCGUAUCCGCCGAGUUGCCGCUUUUUAGAGAAGCACCGGCAUUCCAAAACGGCCGGGAAUGUCAAAGGACGAUGAAGCCUUCCGUUAUCCAUAUCGCCAUGACUUUAGACGCUACCUAUCUCCGAGGAUCAGUAGCUGGAGUGUUUUCAGUACUUCAGCACUCAUCCUGCCCGGAAAACAUAGUGUUUCACUUUAUUGUCACGCACCGUCGUUUAGAGCUACGACGCGUCAUCACCACUACAUUUCCUUACCUGAAUUUCCAUCUUUACCAUUUUGAUUCAAAUCUCGUGAGAGGAAAAAUCACCUACUCAGUUCGACGAGCUCUAGAUCAGCCAUUGAAUUACGCGAGAAUGUACUUGGCAGAACUAUUACCAGUCACCGUUAAUCGAAUCAUUUACUUCGAUUCAGAUCUGGUAGUGGUGGACGACGUAGCGAAGCUAUGGAAGAUAAAUUUAGGGAAUCACGUGUUGGGAGCGCCGGAGUAUUGCCAUGCGAAUUUUACGAACUACUUCACGGCGAAAUUCUGGAUGAAUUCAGAAUAUGCGGCGGCGUUUGAAGGGCGGAGAGCGUGUUAUUUCAACACAGGGGUGAUGGUGAUCGAUUUGGGGAAAUGGAGGGAAGGGAAAUACACGGAGAGGCUUGAUAAAUGGAUGAAGAUUCAGAAGAAGAACAGAAUUUAUGAACUGGGAUCGUUGCCUCCAUUUUUGCUUGUUUUUGCAGGGGAUGUUGAAGGAGUUGAGCAUCGAUGGAACCAACAUGGGUUGGGUGGGGAUAAUUUGAAAGGGGUUUGUAGGGAUCUUCAUCCUGGUCCGGCGAGUUUACUCCAUUGGAGUGGAAAGGGGAAGCCAUGGUUGAGAUUAGAUGCUAAGAAGCCUUGUCCACUUGAUAGCUUGUGGGCUCCUUAUGAUCUUUCUCGUCAUUCUUCUCUAUUUUCUGAUAAUUGAAGUUGGCGCCGGAAGGGAAAGGGUCGCUGUCAAUGCCGCCGGUGACGGUGGUUUAUGUAAAAAUGGAUUCGUUUUUUGUGAAGAAGCUACAAAUUUUUUUUAAUCUUUGAGGUUGAAUCUUCUUUGUCAUGAUGUAAUUUAGAUUGAAUUUGAUUGUAGACGACUAAGAAUUAUAAAGUUGAUAUUAUUAUUGAACAACAAACGUUUUAGACAAA